CAUAAAACAUAACAAGUACAUGUAAAAAUUUCAAGUUCUAGAAAUGGCAUUCCCUAUUGGAGAAAAAUCGGUUGAGCUUCUACAAGCUGAAGCUAAAUUUUGGAACUACGAAUUCAACUUCUUAUACAUGGCCUCUCUCAAAUGUGCAACUAAACUAGGCAUACCAGAUAUCAUCCAUAAACAUGGAAAACCAAUGACACUCCAACAGCUAGGCGAUGCACUCCCAAUCAACAAAACAAAAAUUCAUGGUGUACAUCGUCUGAUGCGGGUUCUAGUUCAUUCCAGGUUCUUCAUCGAGGAAAAAGUUUCCGAGGAUGACACAAAUAUGGGGUAUUGGCUUACACCGGCUUCUCGUCUCCUCAUCAAAGACCAGGCCUUGAGUAUGAUACCAUUUGUGGAGGCCAGUUUCGAUCCUACGUACUUAAAGCCAUGGUAUCAUAUGAGCGAAUGGUUUCAAAAUGACGACCUCUCUGCAUUCGAGACAGCCCAUGGAAGCAGCUUAUGGGACUAUGCUUGUCACGACCCGAAGCUCAAUCAAGCUUUCAAUGAAGACAUGAGUAAAGACACAGAGUUCUUGAGUAGUAUAAUUAUUAGAGAAUGCAAAAAUGUCUUUGACAAGAUGAAUUCUAUGGUAGAUGUUGGAGGAAACACAGGAUUUAUGGCCAAAGCUAUUGUAGAUGCUUUCCCGCACUUGCACUGUUCUGUGUUUGAUCUUCCACACGUCAUUGAAGGCUUGGAAGGUAGUUAUAAGAACUUGACUUACAUCAAGGGAAACAUGUUUGAAUCCAUCCCUCAAGCAGAUGCAAUUAUGCUCAAGUGGAUAUUGCAUGACUGGAGUGACGAAGAGUGUGUGAAAAUAUUGAAGAAAUGCAAAGAAGCAAUCCCAAGAAAGGAGAAUGGAGGAAAGGUGAUCAUUAUUGAUAUGAUAGUAGGAAACAACAAAGAAGACCAUCAACACACUGAAACGCAGCUUUUCAACGAUCUAGCGAUGAUGCUUUACCUCAAUGGAAAAGAAAGAACUGAGAAAGAGUGGGAAAAACUUUUCUUUGAUGCUGGCUAUAGUGGCUACAAGAUUGCAUAUGAAUUAGGAUUGAGGUCUCUCAUUGAGGUUUAUCCUUGAUUAUUUAAGUCCAUAAUAAUAAAAUAAAGACUUCUGUUAUCUUAAAAUAAACAUUUGAGUCAUGUAAUUCACUUACUUUGCCGGUGUGAAAAUGAGCUGUCUUGGAAAGAUUUUCAUUUUUACUUGUGUUGUACUUCUGUUUGAUGACAUGAAUUAUCACUUCACUGAUAUUAUGGAUCAA